AUGUAUCUAUUUUUGAAUUCUUACGUGCCCCCCAAGCCUGGCCAGAACGGAUGGAGGGCACCCAAAAAGAGUGAUGUUAUAUCGUCCAUCCCGCCGCCCAGCUCUGGUCCAACGCCCACGCCACAACCUCUGGGAGCGAGGGAGCUCAGCCCCCCUCUCGCCACCCGUCACGGCAGCCCUCCCAGGUCCUAUGGGCGUCACGGCAGCCCUCCCAGGUCCUAUGGCCGCCAUGGAAGCCCUCCCAGGUCAUAUGGCCGCCACGGCAGCCCUCCUCUGCCCUCAGGGCGCCACCCCAGCCCCCCACCCACCACCUCCUCCAGGAGAACAUCGGUGUCGUCCGGGGCCUCGUGCGGGGUGCCCCCUGGCCGGCCGGGCACCAUGUCGCUGGGGCGGGCCGCUGGCAAGCACCUCUCUUCGAUGCUCAAAUCAGUGACGGGGUGCAGCUCAGGAUAUGGGUCUUCCUCUGGAUAUGGUCACUCUUCUGGCUAUGGACAGUCGUCUGGAUAUGGACAGUCUUCCGGGUAUGGGCAGUCUGGGUAUGGACAGUCAUCUGGAUACGGACAGUCUGCAGGAUACGGGUUAUCUAGGAUGCAGGUGGGUCGGUCAUCCUUCACUUCAGGCAGCAACUCUCCGCUGGCCCACCAGAGACCCAUGAGGUCCUCCUUGCGGCGGACCUCGUCCAACACCCCCAUGGCUCGGCACCGUGACCUCGCCUCCGACAUGAUGGCCAG